AUGUCAUUCAUCAACAAAGUAUUUGAAGCUGGAAGCUGGGAUGUUUCUCUUCCUGCUUCUCCAACUCCCCCAUCUGACACAGAGCAAGAACAAGGUGCACCUCCUGUGCUUUCUCCUGUCACUUCCCCAAUCAAUUGGAUGUCUGGUACACCUUCCACCCAAUCCACCAGGCCUGCCAACAAUGGGGCAAAGAAGAACUUUGUCUGGCAGGCUCAGGACAUCAAGUGCCUUGUAGACACAAUCUACAUCAAUGAGUCAUAUCAGUGCACAAUUCUCCCUUCUCAUCACAACAAAGCCAAUGAGCCUGCCAACAAGCUUUGCAAGGAUACAGUCUAUCAUGACCUCAGCAGGUUGGUCUUCCCUGCCAGGUCUGUUGAUCCCUCUCACAUCAAGUUCAAGGUAUGCUGGCUUCAAGAAACAUACCAUCAGGAGAAGAAAGCUCUCUUGCUUACAGGAGCUGGAACACUGCUGAAGGACAUGGAUGCAAUGAAUCCUUCUUACAUGUCUUGGGUUGCUCUCUCAGCCAAGUAUCCUUGGUUUGAGAAGAUGCACAAGAUGAUGAACAAAUGUGUGUUGGCAGGGCCAGCCAUCCUCCUCACAACACCUAGCCUGGAUGCUACUGGCAAUGAGGAUUCUGAUCAUGUGCUCCCUGGUGGUGAUCCCAUGGAGGAAUUCAGCAAUGCAGACCUCGACCAUGCAGUGCAUGCCUGGAACCUACCCCCAAUCCAUGACCUGGUGGAUGCUGCUCCCAGUAAUGCUGGAGAUUGCACUGAUUUUGACAUCUCAACACCACCCCUGCAUCCCAUCCAAUUGGAUGCCCUGGUCUCAAGUCUGUCGACAUUCUCAAACUGGGCCUCAUCUUCACAAGCAAAUGGCUACAAGCACAAGUGUAACAAUGUUGAACAGAAGUGGGAUUCCCUUGCAGAGGCUUUCUAUCAAUCUUCAAUAGAAAGCCUAUCAAUUUGCCUCAAGCUUGUGCAGGAGCACACCAAGCAAGAAGCAGAGUGCACCAAGCAGGAAGAAUUGCGGUUACAGCAUGAGUGUGAGGAAAGGGAGUGA